AUGCAGCCCAUUGGACUUUUGAGCUUGCUCUUUUCUAUAGUGCAACUAAUGUGCACUUUACAUGCAGCGCCAACAACAAUAACUGGCACCUCGCUCAAAGAAAAAGCUCCCCAGCAUACACACUUAGUGGAAAUUAGCAAAAUGCAACGGGUCGUCGAUGUAAUUGGACUGUUGCAAGCGUUACCCACUUUUGACGAUAUUGGGAAGAUAGUAUCGAAGAUGGUUACGUUUAGCGUGGAACAGGAUAUGGAAGCGGAACAGAAAAGAAAUGCAGCCCCGGAGCAAAAGGGAACCAUUCUCGACUGUUUGGAACGUAUUAAUAGAACACUACCGCAACAUACCUAUGAUGUGAAAUCGCGACUUGCCAAUACAAUUGAACUAGUGGCAGGCUUGACCGUCGCAGAAACGCAACGUUUCGGCCGAUUACCUACCAUGUUGUUACGGUACUUACAGUUCCAAACGGACAAGAUAGAAAAAUCGACUAACAAUGCAAAGCAGUUAGAGUAUACAAGUGCAACAAUAGCUUUGGUAGAGGCUUAUGUCAGCGUUCUCAGAGACCCCGCGUUUUUGGACAGGAUGGUAGAAAAAGGACGAUCUUUAGGGGUCAAUGCUCCGAUUGGUUCCUCUGACGAGCUCCUAAAACUGCUCCAGGACGAAGGUAUCGAAGACGUUCCUUCUGUGACGCUUGUGUUGCACCUUCUCUUCCUUUUCUCAGCCACCGGAAUUCUGACGCCCGUGGUCUGUUUCGGGUCUUCCUUCUUCAAGGGCGGCGCCUCGGUGUGCGAGGCGUUUGUAUCCUCCAUCACAUGGCAAGAGUUCACAGUGAUCGUCGAAAUGGCGCGUAGAUUACGUCAGGCAUAA